AUGUCAAUUUACACACAAAAAGAAGAAAAAUGCAGUGAUAUUUUACUGCCGUGUGCGAAACCCGAGUGGCAGGAGGAGUUUGUGGAGCUGUCCAAGAAGACGCUCAGGGGGGUCUCUCUUUCCCUUCAGAAGACGCUCAGGGGGGGUCUCUCUUUCCCUUCAGAAGACGCUCAGGGGGGUCUCUCUUUCCCUUCAGAAGACGCUCAGGGGGGUCUCUCUUUCCCUUCAGAAGACGCUCAGGGGGGUCUCUCUUUCCCUUCAGAAGACGCUCAGGGGGGUCUCUCUUUCCCUUCAGAAGACGCUCAGGGGGGUCUCUCUUUCCCUUCAGAAGACGCUCAGGGGGGUCUCUCUUUCCCUUCAGAAGACGCUCAGGGGGGUCUCUCUUUCCCUUCAGAAGACGCUCAGGGGGGUCUCUCUUUCCCUUCAGAAGACGCUCAGGGGGGGGUCUCUUUCCCUUCAGAAGACGCUCAGGGGGGGUUCUCUUUCCCUUCAGAAGACGCUCAGGGGGGUCUCUCUUUCCCUUCAGAAGACGCUCAGGGGGGUCUCUCUUUCCCUUCAGAAGACGCUCAGGGGGGUCUCUCUUUCCCUUCAGAAGACGCUCAGGGGGGUCUCUCUUUCCCUUCAGAAGACGCUCAGGGGGGUCUCUCUUUCCCUUCCGAAGACGCUCAGGGGGGGAAGACGCUCAGGGGGGGUCUCUCUUUCCCUUCAGAAGACGCUCAGGGGGGGUCUCUCCCUUCAGAAGACGCUCAGGGGGGGUUCUCUUUCCCUUCAGAAGACGCUCAGGGGGGUCUCUCUUUCCCUUCAGAAGACGCUCAGGGGGGUCUCUCUCUUCAGAAGACGCUCAGGGGGGGUCUCUCUUUCCCUUCAGAAGACGCUCAGGGGGGUCUCUCCCUUCAGAAGACGCUCAGGGGGGUCUCUUUCCCUUCAGAAGACGCUCAGGGGGGGUCUCUCUUUCCCUUCAGAAGACGCUCAGGGGGGUCUCUUUCCCUUCAGAAGACGCUCAGGGGGGGUCUCUCUUUCCCUUCAGAAGACGCUCAGGGGGGGUCUCUCCCUUCAGAAGACGCUCAGGGGGGGUUCUCUUUCCCUUCAGAAGACGCUCAGGGGGGGUCUCUCCCUUCAGAAGACGCUCAGGGGGGUCUCUCUUUCCCUUCAGAAGACGCUCAGGGGGGGUCUCUCCCUUCAGAAGACGCUCAGGGGGGUCUCUCUUUCCCUUCAGAAGACGCUCAGGGGGGGUCUCUCUUUCCCUUCAGAAGACUUUCAGGGGGGUCUCUCUUUCCCUUCAGAAGACGCUCAGGGGGGUCCCUUUCCCUUCAGAAGACGCUCAGGGGGGGUCUCUCUUUCCCUUCAGAAGACGCUCAGGGGGGUCUCUCUUUCCCUUCAGAAGACGCUCAGGGGGGGUCUCUCUUUCCCUUCAGAAGACGCUCAGGGGGGGUCUCUCUCUCCCUUCAGAAGACGCUCAGGGGGGUCCCUUUCCCUUCAGAAGACGCUCAGGGGGGUCUCUCUUUCCCUUCAGAAGACGCUCAGGGGGGUCUCUUUCCCUUCAGAAGACGCUCAGGGGGGGUCUCUCUUUCCCUUCAGAAGACGCUCAGGGGGGGUCUCUCCCUUCAGAAGACGCUCAGGGGGGUCUCUCUUUCCCUUCAGAAGACUCUCAGGGGGGUCUCUCUUUCCCUUCAGAAGACGCUCAGGGGGGUCCCUUUCCCUUCAGAAGACGCUCAGGGGGGUCUCUCUUUCCCUUCAGAAGACGCUCAGGGGGGUCUCUCUUUCCCUUCAGAAGACGCUCGGGGGGGGUCUCUCCCUUCAGAAGACGCUCAGGGGGGUCUCUCUUUCCCUUCAGAAGACGCUCAGGGGGGGUCUCUCCCUUCAGAAGACGCUCAGGGGGGUCCCUUUCCCUUCAGAAGACGCUCAGGGGGGUCUCUCUUUCCCUUCAGAAGACGCUCGGGGGGGGGGUCUCUCUUUCCCUUCAGAAGACGCUCAGGGGGGUCCCUUUCCCUUCAGAAGACGCUCAGGGGGGUCUCUCUUUCCCUUCAGAAGACGCUCAGGGGGGUCUCUCUUUCCCUUCAGAUGCCAAAGCUAAAGCCCUGUGUUUGA